AUGCGUCACGUGCUCACUCGCUUCCACUCCACUGGGGCUCCAUUGGGGCUCCAUUUGGGCUCUAUUGGGGCACUGUUGGGGCUCCACCCUGACGCGUGCAUUCUUCUCGUCGACGUGGAUGGACGUGGUUAUGUCUGCGGGUUCAUUGGAGAAGGGGAGGUGAUGGAAGGAAGUGGAAGUCGCAGCCCUGGUGGAGGGGCCCAGGGCUCAGCGGGGCAGGGACACCAGAGAACAUCCUCAGGCGCGACGUCUCGCUCCCUGUCCCUGGCGUCGGUGAGCAGCGAAGGGAGCGAAAGGGCGGAACAGCCCUUGGUCGAGCAGGAGGACAUCGUCUCCCUCACCCAGGAAGUACGGGGCUUCAAGGAAGCCCUCGGGAAAUUGCGACGCGUCUUCGGGCCCGAAAAAGUUGCAGAAAAGGGAGAGAUUCCCCGGGUAACAGCGCAUGAUCGCCUGGGUGAAGUCCUCCGUAUCCUUCGAGGGAUUUUGGAGAGGUAUUCCCCUCUUCAAUCCACGGAACUCCUCAUGGCUGCCGGAGCCCUCAUUCAGCAGGUCAAAGGAUUCCCCUAUGAAGAUGAGAAAGCGGACCCGGCAGAUUUCUUCGAGACCUUGGAUAACUUGGCCCUCGCCUUCAGCUCCAGGGUCUCGGAGUAUUUGAUGGGAGAUCUCGAUAGCAGUUCUUCGUUGACGGCUAGUUCCACCAAGACAAAAUCUUGCGAGAACCUGGCAUCUCUGGACCAGGAUGUGACGUCAGAGGAUAAGGAACCCGAGCAACUGACGCCUGAACUCAUGGAUGCCAUCCUCCUACGGCUGGAGCAGGGGGUCGAAUAUGCCCUCCACCGCGCCAAGAUUUGGAGCAAAUACGCAAAAGAUAUGAUGGGGUACGUGGAGAAGCGGGCGCAGUUGGAGCUGGAGUAUGCGAGGAAUGUCGCCAAACUCGCCCAGAGUGUUCGACCGACCCUCAAGGAAGAGGGAUUCCUGCCUUUCCAAUCCAUCUAUUGCACGGCUCUAGACCAGGACUUGGAGAACGCAAACACGACCCAGGCGACGUGCACUCUCCUUCAGGGACACAAGUUCAUCGAGCCGCUGACGGCGAGGCGAACGGAACACGAGAGAUGCCGGAAGCAGUUGAAGGACACAUGGGCCCGGGAGGUGAAGAAGAUGCAGGAAGCGGCGGCGAACGUGAAGAAAGCCAAGAGCUUGUACAUGGCCCGAGCCCAGGAACACCGGCGGGCCAAGGAAGCCGCACAGCAGCAGCAGGCCCAAGUGGUAACGGCAUCCACUCCAUCUACCCCUCACGGAUCCAUGGAGACCCAGCCCUUUCCGGUGUCUCAAGAUGCCGUCAAGCUGGAGAAGAAACGAAAGCUCGAGGACGAUGCCCUCCAAAAGGCACUGGAGGCAGAGACGACCUACAAGGCGUGUGUGGCGGAGGCGAACGAGCGUCACGCGUCGCUCCUGCGAGUCAAGUCGCAAGUGUUAAGCCAGGUGCGGGAAUUGAUGCUCCAAUGCGAUCAGACGAUGAAGGCUGUCACCGUCGCCUACUUUCAGCUCCAGCACACCGUCUCCGCUGCCCCACCUGUCCAGGACUACUGGCUGCGAGGUUAUCUGAAAGGCAAUGCGUACCGUGAUAGCCCACGUGAUGCGGCCGCCUUAAAUCGUCCCUUUGUAAGGGAUGAUGCAACCAUGCCCCCUGCCAUGUAUCGAGCAGCUUUUCAGACGCUGUGCGAAAGCAGCCGUUUGUACGAGCCCGGAUCCCAAUACAUGGAGUUCGUGAAACGCCUUCCCCGACCACCCCUGUCGACCGAGGGUGGAGAGGACACCCCUGAGGCAUCCCCGUUCGUCUUCGAGCCCAUCUCCACCCCGCUUCUCGGUUCUCGCCACCAGACCGGGUCCAUGGACAAGAACCGACCUUCCGAGGGCUCACUCGGCCCGGAGCAGCCGGAGGGAGUCCGUCGGAGUCCUCUCAAGGCCUGGAUUGGGAGUGGGAUCGCCCAGUACCCGAGCGAUACGGACAGCAUCGCGUCCAGUCAGAGCGGGCGAAGCGUGGAUCAUUCCCCCACUCCCAGCCCUGGAGCCGAACUCGCUUACAAAAGAGUUCCUUCCUUCUCGACCGACGAUGGGGAAUCUGCUCCAGCUGUGGAACCAGGGGGGAAAGACAGCGGAAACGGAGUGAGUCGAAGGCAUUGCAUGUCCAAGGCAGCCGUGACGCACAACUUCAGGAAGCUGAAAACCCCGGCACGAUGCCGGGAAUGCGAUUCCUUCGUUUAUCUGGGAGUCGAAUGCGCGGAAGUGAGUUCCUUGACGCAUCUCAUUAGUCGAUACCUAGGUUCCGUUUCUUGUCCAUUUAUUAAUCUGACGUUUCGUUGGAAGUGCGGCCUGGCGUCGCACAAAAAGUGCCUGGAGACGCUGGCCAUCCAGUGCGGACACAAGAGGCUCCCCCGGAAGAUGACCACAUUCGGCGUGGACAUCGAGCAGCACCUGAAGGAGACCUCCGCCCACAUCCCGCAUCUGGUCAUCAAGUGCGUGUCCGAGAUCGAGAAGAGAGGGAUGAGGGUCAAGGGGAUUUACCGAGUGUCGGGAGUGAAGUCUCGAGUGGAGAAGCUGUGCCAGAGCUUCGAGAACGGGGCCGACUUGGUGGACCUCACCGACACCCAUCCCAACGUCGUGGCCAACGUCCUCAAGCUCUACCUGCGACAACUGCCCGAGCCUCUGCUCACCUUCAGACUCUAUUCUGAGUUCAUCAGGGUGGCAAAGGAAUCCGACUCCCCAUCGUCCAACCCAAAGAAGACCCUGGACGGGAUGAGGGAACUGGUCCGCCGCCUUCCCCCGACCCACUUCGACACGGUGGCCUACCUGAUGCGCCACCUCCACCGGGUGUCCCUCGAGUCCGACCUCAACAACAUGCCACCGAGCAACCUGGGGAUCGUGUUUGGGCCGACCCUGCUGAGGAUGUCGGAGGGGAGCGCCUCGCUCAACUCCCUCGUGGACACUGUGCAUCAGACGAAGGCCAUCGAGAUCCUCAUCGAUAAUUCCAACGAGAUCUUUGGAUCUGCGGAUCACGCUACGGCUCCGCAUGUUCCUGUGUCGAAGGCCGAGGGAACUCCUCGUUCUCUCAGUGUGGAGAGUUCGGACUCGAACUUCCUAUCCCGUAUGCCUCUGGUCCGUUCCUUGUCAUCAGUGGGGAAGAAAGCCUUGGGCAAGGACACCGAAAUAGUAAGCACCACGAUGGAAAAGCGGGAUCCGGAAGUGAACGACGAGAUCAACAUUCCCGGCUUCAUCGAGACCCCUCCGGCAGAUGACACCCAGCCCGAGGAGUCCUUGACGAACAUGAGCCUGACCUCAGACGACGACCUGCCCAUCCUCUUACCGGACGAUUCGGGCAAGCGGUCGCCGCUGAUCCGCCGCUCGGCACCCGUGGACCCAUCGACCCGUCACCAGAUCCUGCGAAAGAGCGCCUCGGACGUCCCCCAGGGCCAGGAAGGAGCCUCGAACAGCCGGAGCACCAAGGCCCGUGCCCCGCCCCCACCCACCGAGUCCUUCGCCAAGAGUAACUCCAGCCCGCUGCUCGUGGCGGGGUCCCGCCUCGACGACAUCGCCUUCAUCGACCAGUCGGAGGCGCCGGGCAGCCCGAAGCCCCACAACAGCUCCAUCGACUCGGACUAUAGCUUCGACGGGACUGAAUGCCCGCGCGGGAAGUCCCUACAAGGCGACGUGGACCUCGAAGACGGCUCCGUGUUCCACCGCGGCAGCCUCGACAACCUGACCUCGAGCGAGAGCUCCCAAGACGUCGACUCCUUACCCGUGACGGAGGACUCUCAGAGCAGCGAGUUCGCGGACGAGCCGGACGUGAUGUCCGUGACGAGGUCCGACGAUCCGGACCCGUCCCUCCGCUCCACCACCACUGCCGUCACUUCGGUCCUUCACUCCAAGUACACGGAAGGCGGUUCCAAGUACGUGUCCCCGUACCUGAACAGUACCUACGGCUCUCGGCUGUACCGCCAACCGUUAACGGCGUCGGACGGGGACGCGAACAAGGUGAAGAUCCGGGUCCCGGCGUCCACGACGGAGAAGCUGAUGAAAAGCAUCAUCGCGGGAGACGCGGGAGGUCCCAAAAUCCGACUGCCGGGGACGGAUCUCUUCGAGUUCAACUCCCAGGCGGCGGGGAAGGUGGGACUGAGCUAUCGGGAGGACAGCACGACCGUAAGUGAAGCCGUGAAGGGACUCGGUGGAGGGGUUCGCAGCGGUGACGGGAUUCACAGCGGUGAUGGGUUCCUUCGCGUUACCCGGGAUGUCUCUGGCUUUUCCUCUUCCUUGCCUUCCUCUGCGCUCGUUGCCGAACCGUCAUCGGCGUCGUUUGCCCACAGGUCGCGUGAUCCUGCGAGCGACUCGGAACUCGUGCAAUGCAUCGCCGUCACGAGAGGGCAAUACGUGUGACCGUGUGAUUUUUUUUUCUCUCUCUCUCUCUUAUUUUGUCUUUGUUGUCUUCGAUCGGAGCAUUCCUCGUGGAUAUUUUUGUCGUUUUUCUUCUUCCCCAUGGUGCUACACCUUCGGUUUCCCCCCCUCCCCGGUUCGUAGGAGAAGACUCGAGACUCUGGGACGUUCCGUGCCGGUCCGCGCCCGGAACGAGGCCACACACGCUCUUCCUGCUGCCAGUGCGAGACGAAACGCGAAAGAACCGUUUUUAUAGACUCUGGAUUUACCAAAGAAAUAUCGUUUUAAAUAUAGAGAUGAUUUUGGAAGAAA